UAUUAUCAUGCUCUAAUAAAUUAUUUUACUUAUUAUUAACUUACCACUGUCGGUGAUUCUACCCUGUAGACGUAUUAAUUUAUCUUUUAUCAUUGUAUAACUAUAACAAAUAGUUAUUAUUUACGAAAAGUAAAUAUUGAUAUUUGAUAGACUACCUAAAAAAAUAUGCUGCAAUAUCCUCGUUAUGUUUUAUACCAAGUUAUACAAAUAAAUUCACUAAUUGCAACAGUUUAGUCGUACCUAUUUUCAGCUUAUCCAUUAUAAUUUUUAAGUCUAUUUUUAUUGGAUUAAACCAAUAUUUUCGUUUGAAGAUACAGUAAACUGAUAUUCAAUAAUUUAAAAUAUACAUUCAACAAUGUAUUAAAAAAUUGAAUAGAAAUUUCAAAAAAUAUUAGCCAAGUGAUUAGUCAGUAUUAGUCGAAAUCAAGAAAUGGAUGAUAUAAACAUGACGGGUCUGGCUAUUGAACCAGUAGAAAAUGCCACAAGGAUUAUGACCCGAGAAGAACAAAUGAGAGAAGAGCAUCGGAAAUUACAUGAAGCACAUAAAGGCCAUGAGUCAAUGCACGCUGAGAUGUUAGUAAUUUUAAUGAUUACUAUGAUUGUUGCACAGAUAGUUUUAUUGGAAUGGAAAAGAAGACAUUUUAAAUCAUUUCAAGUUGUGACAUCUUUAGCCUUAUGGUUAAUACCAUUUAUAAUGUCAAUUCGUUUGUCAUACUGGAGGUUUAUUGUGUUUUGGACAUUGUUUUCAUUAAUCACAGGACUUGUGGUACGAAAAGCUUUAGAAAAACCUUUACAAGGAUCAACACCUAGAUUGGUGUACAAAUGGUUCUAUUUCAUCUACAAACUAACUUACGUACUUGGUAUUGUUGGAUACUUUAUCAUGGUUGCUGCAUUCUUUGGCAUCAGUGUUAUAUUCAAUAUUAACCCAGCUAUAUGGAUGGAUUAUGGAUUGAUAAUUAUGUACUAUGGGUUGUAUUUUGGUGUCUUAGGACAAGAUAUUGCUGAAAUAUGUGCAUCUAAAAUGGCUGCACACUUGGGAUAUUAUACACCUCAAGGAAUGCCAACUAGAAGUUUAGAUAAAAAUAUUUGUGCUGUUUGUGGUAACAAAUUAUUAGUGAAUGCUGGUGAAGAAGGAAUAAUUGAAUCUACUUUUCAAUUAACAUGUGAUCAUACAUUUCAUGAAUUUUGUAUUCGAGGAUGGUGUAUUGUUGGUAAAAAACAAACAUGCCCAUAUUGUAAGGAGAAAGUUGAUUUAAAAAGAAUGUUCCGUAAUCCAUGGGAAAAACCUCAUGUUUUGUAUGGUCAACUAUUGGAUUGGUUACGUUGGUUUGUAGCUUGGGGACCAAUUAUAAUGAGCAUUAUACAAUUUUUAAAUUAUAUUCUUGGAUUAAAAUAG